GUAGUGCUGUGCAGUACGGGUAGUGCACUCGACGGAUAUUGAGACGCGGUGUCUCUCGUGAUGAAAACACGGAAAACGGAAGAGGCUGUCGUGCUCUCGGGGUGAAUCUACAGUCAUCAUGCAGAGUACGGCUAAUUACCUGUGGAUGAUGUCCGACCUGCUGGGUCAGGGGGCCACAGCAAACGUGUACCGCGGUCGACACAAGAAAACAGGCGAUCUGUACGCCGUCAAAGUGUUCAAUAACCUGAGCUUCCUGCGGCCGCUGGACGUGCAGAUGAGGGAGUUUGAGGUGCUGAAGAAACUCAAUCACAAAAACAUCGUCAAGCUGUUCGCCGUGGAGGAGGAGUCCAACACACGUCAUAAGGUGCUGGUGAUGGAGUAUUGCCCCUGCGGGAGUCUCUACACCGUCCUGGAGGAGCCCACCAAUGCGUAUGGCCUGCCGGAGGACGAGUUCCUCAUCGUUCUGCAGGACGUCGUGGCAGGAAUGAAUCACCUGCGCGAGUACGGCAUCGUGCAUCGAGACAUCAAGCCAGGGAACAUCAUGCGUGUGAUCGGAGAUGACGGAUUCUCCGUGUACAAACUCACAGACUUCGGAGCCGCGCGUGAGCUGGAGGACGACGAGCAGUUCGUAUCGCUGUACGGCACAGAGGAGUAUCUGCAUCCAGACAUGUACGAGCGAGCGGUGCUGAGGAAAGACCACCAGAAGAAAUAUGGGGCUACGGUGGAUCUGUGGAGCAUCGGAGUCACGUUUUACCACGCCGCCACUGGGAGCCUGCCAUUCAGACCCUUUGAGGGGCCGCGCAGAAACAAAGAAGUCAUGUAUAAGAUCAUCACAGAGAAGCCCCCCGGUGCUAUCUCUGGACACCAGAAGUUUGAGAAUGGGAAGAUCGAGUGGAGCUCUGAGAUGCCCAUCUCCUGCAGCCUGUCCAAGGGUCUGCAGAGCCUCCUGACGCCGGUGCUGGCCAAUAUCCUGGAAGCGGAUCAGGAGAAGUGCUGGGGGUUUGAUCAGUUCUUCGCGGAGACCAGCGACAUCUUACACCGCAUCGUGGUUUACGUCUUUAGUCUGCAGCAGGCCACGCUGCACCACGUCUACAUACACACUUACAACACAGCGAACCUCUUCCAGGAGCUGCUCUUCAGACGCACCAACAUCACUCCAUCCCAUCAGGAGCUGCUGUACGAGGGCCGACGCCUCGUGCUCGACCCCAACCGGCAGGCCCAGACCUUCCCCAAGACCUCCAGAGACAAUCCCAUCAUGCUCCUGUGCAGAGACCCCGUCAACACCGUGGGCCUGCUGUUCGAGGACCCCAGUCCACCCAAAGUACAGCCACGCUACGACCUGGACCUGGACGCCAGCUACGCCAAGACGUUCGCAGGUGAUGUGGGAUACCUGUGGAAAACAUCAGAUUCUCUGCUUCUGUACCAGGAGCUGGUGAGGAAAGGAGUCCGAGGCCUGAAUGAGCUGAUCAGAGAUGAGUACAGUGAGACGAUGCACAAGAAGACGGAGGUGCUCCACCUGUGCAGCCACUGCAGCCAGACACUGGAGCGCAGCGAACAACUCUGUGAGGCGCUGAUGCAGGGAAAUAUCCUGUCAGCCGAGUACGAUGAGAUCCGGGACACGAGGAAGAAGGUGCUGCGGCUCUCAGGCUCUCUGGCCUCUAUGGAUCAGACUCUGCAGGACAUCAACAGCAUGUUCCUGCCUGGAGGAAGCCUGACCGACACCUGGACGCAGCAGGUGGGAACACACCCUGAGGACCGCAAUGUGGAGAAGAUCAAGGUCCUGCUGGACGCCAUCGGGGCCAUUUACCAGCAAUUCAAGAAGGACAAGGCGGAGCGACGUCUGCCCUAUAAUGAAGAGCAGAUCCACAAGUUUGACAAGCAGAAGCUGGUUCUUCACGCCACUAAAGCGCGAGCUCUGUUCACAGACGAGUGUGCCAUGAAGUAUCGCCUCUUCAUCUCCAAGAGUGAGGAGUGGAUGAAGAAGUUCCAUCACGUGCGGAAGCAUCUCCUGUCUCUGACUGGUCAGUUCAGCAGCCUGGAGCAGGAAGUGACUCUCCUCAUGCAGCGCCUGUAUAAGCUCCUGGAGCAGUUCCCACAGAAGGUGGUCCCGAUGGCAUCUGGGGUCCUGAAGCCGCAGGCGUAUCUGAGCCCCAGCACACUGGUGGAGAUGACCCUUGGGAUGAAGAAGCUGAAGGAGGAGAUGGAGGGAGUAGUGAAGGAGCUGGCAGAGAACAACCUGUUUCUGGAGAGGUUUGGCUCACUGACGGUGGAUGGAGGAAUGAGGACAGUGGAGCGGAUGUGACAUGUACACACUCACAUACACUCAUACACACACAGACACACACACACACACUUUUACAUACACACACACACACUCUGUCUGCCUCUUGUACAUAUGGACAGUCUGUAUAUACUCUCUCUCUGUCUCUCUCUCUCUCUCUCUCUCUCUCUCUCUC